AUGGGAAAUUUAUGCGGAGGUAAAGAAUCAUCGGAUGGUUCAUCGUCUUCAAACAUGAACAACAAUAAUGGAAAUCAUGGAAGAAAUAAUCCAUCGGGUUCAUCGUCAUUGAAAACUCCAACAUCGCCUCGAAAUAAAUCAGGAUCUCACGCACAGAAGGGAAGAAGAUUGUUGUUGGUGGGAGCAGGAGAUUCCGGAAAGAGUACGAUAUUUAAACAGCUGAAAAGAAUAUACACGAAUGGGUUUACAGAGGAAGAAUUAAAGACAGCUAUCCCGUAUAUAUUAGAGAAUAUAAUCAGAAAUAUGAUUCAAUUGUGUCACGCCACAAAGACAUUACAAAUUUCAAUACGAGAAGAAAAUGUCGAAAAGCGAGACUAUUAUGCGGAGAUGACCAAGAAUCACCGAGCUCCAUUACAAGGAGCCAAACUAUGGAAUCAAAGUAUGGCAAACGAUUUUAAAGCAUUGUGGAAUGACGAAGGUAUCAAGAAAGUUUUCAUGGAUCACCGAUCUGAAUAUUUAAUUGAAGAUAGUGUGAAUUAUUACUUUGAAAAACUGGAUGAAAUCGGAAAACCUGGUUGGAUUCCUUCAGAUGAAGAUCUAUUGAGAACAAGAAUCAAAACUACCGGACUGGUGGAACAAACCUUCAUGUCCAAUGGAAAACCUUUCACAAUGAUUGAUGUGGGAGGUCAACGAACGGAACGAAAAAAGUGGAUUCACCAAUUCGAAAACGUCGAUGCCAUUUUGUACAUUUGCAGCUUGUCAGAAUUUGACCAAAAGUGCUAUGAAGAUGAGGUGACAAAUAGAAUGAAAGAGUCACUGGAUUUAUUUGAAAGUUACAUCAAUUCUACAUAUUUCGAGAGUUCUCUUGUUUAUUUAAUUUUGAAUAAGGUCGACCUGUUCACAGAUAAAAUCAAGAAAGGUGUCAAAUUAAAGGACACAUUUAAAGAUUACACAGGUGAUCAAUACGACGAAGAAGCAGCUAAACAAUACGUCGAAGGGCUGUACAAGCUCAAAGACAGUCAUGAUAAAUUACGAGGAGUUAUUUACUUGACGGCCUUGGAAAAGGAUAUUCUAAAAACCAAACUCGAAGAGAUUGUCGAGGAUGUUGUAAACGCAGAGAAUGAAAUUUAA